AGGACCGGAGCUGAGCAGAGUCGCCAUGGCCCCAGGGCUCACUGUCCUGCUCGUCUUGUUGCUGUACGUCAAAGACCCGACGGUCCAGGCUGAAGACACCUGUCCAGAGGUGAAGCUGGUGGGUCUGGAGGGCUCCGACAAACUCACCAUUCUCCGGGGCUGCCCCGGGCUGCCCGGCCUCUCAGGGCCCAAGGGAGAGGCUGGCGCCAAGGGAGAGAGAGGAGAGCGAGGCACCUCCGGAGCCCCUGGGAAAGCAGGACCACCUGGACCCAAAGGAGACCGCGGGGAGAAGGGGAUGCCAGGAGAGAGAGGAGUCGCUGGGCACCCUCAGUCAUGUGCCACAGGACCUCGGACCUGUAAGGAGCUGCUCACUCAAGGCCACUUUCUGAGCGGCUGGUACACCAUCUACCUGUCCAGCUGCCAGCCCCUGACUGUGCUGUGUGACAUGCACACUGACGGUGGGGGAUGGACUGUCUUCCAGAGGAGGCUCGACGGCUCUGUGGACUUCUAUCGGGAUUGGGCCGCGUACAAGCAGGGCUUCGGCAGUCAGCUGGGGGAGUUCUGGCUGGGCAAUGACAACAUCCAGGUCCUGACCGCCCAGGGAACCAGCGAGCUCCGGGUGGACCUGGUGGACUUUGAGGGCAACCGUGACUUUGCCAAGUACAGCUCGUUCAGGGUGGCGGGGGAGGCAGAGAAGUACAAGCUCACCCUAGGAGCCUUUGUUGGAGGCAGUGCUGGUGAUUCUCUGACAUAUCACAACAACAGGUUCUUCUCCACCAAGGACCAGGACAAUGACAUCAGCCCUUUCAACUGUGCGGAGAAGUAUCGUGGAGCCUGGUGGCACUCUCAAUGCCACCUGUCCAACCUAAAUGGCCUCUACCUCAAGGGUCACCACGAGACCUUUGCCAACGGCGUCAACUGGAAGACGGGGAAGGGGUACAAUUACAGCUACCAGAUGUCGGAGAUGAAGGUGCGGCCCACCUAGUUCCCACAGGCCUCUCCCACCUGUGCAGGUGGGGACAGUGAGACCAGGACACAGGGGCGAGGGCAAGCCCACACAGGCCCUUGGCUCACAGGCAGACAGCAGACCCAGGGGCCUGGCUGAGCCCCCAGCCAGAGUGGGCUCUGCCCCGCUGAGGUCGGGUGCUGUUGCACCCUGAGAACAGCUGCGGACUCCCCUUUAGCCCGGGGCUCCACUGGGUGCCCCUGACCAACCAGCCUGCCCGCCCCUACACGUGACCAAUAAAGCAGCCCCUUCGCUCACCAGAGAGCCACCCUGA